UAUCUACAGUUAUGCUCCGCAUAACGAUGUUUCAGUCAAUGACAGAUGACAUGUGUGACAAUUGUCCCAUAAGAUUAUAAUGGAGCUGAAAAAUUCCCAUCACUAGUGUCAUAGCACAUUAUUUAUGUGUUUGUGGUGAUGCUGGUAUAAAUAAACUACUGCACUGCCAGUCAUAUAAAAAUAUAACACAUACAAUUAUGUGCAAUACAUAAUACUUGAUAAUAAGCGUGUUACUGGUUUAUGUACUUACUAUACUGUGCUUUUUAUCUUUUAAGUAUACUCUCUACUUAUUAAAAAAAAAAAAAAAAAGUCCUUUCCGCACUACCUGCAGAGGGGUCCAUACGGCGUUGUUCUGGAUUCCCAUCAUAACUUAAAGGGAAACUUUCACAAUGUCCGGAGCCCUUGAUGUCCUGCAAAUGAAGGAGGAGGAUGUCCUUAAGUUCCUUGCAGCAGGAACCCACUUAGGUGGCACCACUCUUGACUUCCAGUUGGAACAGUACCUCUAUAAAAGGAAAAGUGAUGGCAUCUAUAUCAUAAAUCUGAAGAGGACCUGGGAGAAGCUUCUGCUGGCAGCUCGUGCUAUUGUUGCCAUUGAAAACCCUGCUGAUGUCAGUGUUAUAUCCUCCAGGAAUACUGGCCAGAGGGCUGUGCUGAAGUUUGCUGCUGCCACUGGAGCCACUCCAAUUGCUGGCCGCUUCACUCCUGGAACCUUCACUAACCAGAUCCAGGCAGCCUUCCGGGAGCCACGGCUUCUUGUGGUUACUGACCCCAGGGCUGACCACCAGCCUCUCACGGAGGCAUCUUAUGUUAACCUACCUACCAUUGCGCUGUGUAACACAGAUUCUCCUCUGCGCUAUGUGAACAUUGUCAUCCCAUGCAACAACAAGGGAGCUCACUCAGUGGGUUUGAUGUGGUGGAUGCUGGCUCGGGAAGUUCUGCGCAUGCGUGGCACCAUUUCCCGUGAACACCCAUGGGAGGUCAUGCCUGAUCUGUACUUCUACAGAGAUCCUGAAGAGAUUGAAAGAGAAGAGCAAGCUGCUGCUGAAAAGGCAGUGACCAAGGAGGAAUUUCAGGGUGAAUGGACUGCUCCAGCUCCUGAGUUCACUGCUACUCAGCCUGAGGUUGCAGACUGGUCUGAAGGUGUACAGGUGCCCUCUGUGCCUAUUCCCUACUGAAGACGGGAGCGCUCAGCCUGCCACGGAAGACUGGUCUGCAGCUCCCACUGCCCAGGCCACUGAAUGGGUAGGAGCAACCACUGACUGGUCUUAAGCUGUUCUUGCAUAGGCUCUUAAGCAACAUGGAAAAAUGGUUGAUGGAAAAUAAACAUCAGUUUCUAAAAAAAAAAAA